UUGCCGGCUUUAUUGUUUACGUUUUGCUUCUUGCAAUUCUGUUUGUAAUUUUAUUUACAUAAAUAUAAAAUGACGUGCGAUGAUAAAACUGAGGCGCUUGUUGCCCAUAUGUGUGACUUGGUGCAGUUCUACAUGCUUCCCGAGUUGAAGGAAGAUCUGGACAACAUUCAACUGGAUCCAUCGCAGUUCGAGAGCUACCACGCUCUUCUCGUUCAAGAUUUGCCCAAACUCUAUGAUUUGGUUCAGGAAUUCCUUCAGAAGGAUGGUGAUGCAGGGCACGAGGAGUUAAAAGUCAAACUACUCUUGCUGAUUUGCGAAUUGACAGCGUCUCCCACAAUUUACCAACUUAAGGACGAUUCUGGUAAUCUCCUAAAGAACGCCAAUGAGUUGGCAAGGCAACUAUCUUCAAAAUGGUGGGAGUCGACGGAUGUACAAAUGUUAAAAUAUUACGAGAAAAAACUCCACAGAGAUUGCUGGAAGAAACAACUGGGAGCAGUCCAUGGUUUUGGCAGGUAUAUGGAGCUUCGUUACGGAGACAAAUCCAGAAUGCCUACUCAGAUGUUGGCCUUCGCCUUAUCAGUGGGUCUAAAUGUUCGGGAAUGCUAUGAUCCUACCUACAAGCAACUGGGUGUCAAGAUCUUCUCGGUGAUGUUAAAAUUUAGCAAUUCCAAAGAUAUUCAGGAGCUAAAUGUGCAUAGCGUUAUCUAUGACCAUGCACUGAAAGAUGCCUACAAUAUGGAGUCCAUUGAAGCCAUUGAUUCCGUUUGGAAUUGCUUGUACUUAUGCUUGGAUCACUUUGUAGAUCUGGAUGCUUUUACAUGGAAUCAAUGCGACGACAUGUUGGAUCGCUUGAUCCAGAAUGUGACCAUGGCAUCCAACCCGAAAAUCUCCACUUGCCUUUUGCAGUUCGUCACAAGAUUGGGCUGCUAUUUCACCAUAAAUCGCAGGGAUGUGGAAGCGGCUCUGGCCACGGAUAUUAGUCAACCAGAUAAGUUAGAGUUAUGUCGAGAAGAGUGUCUAUCUCUGAACGCUAGCACUAGCUAUCGUUGGGCCAAGGCCAUCCUGCAAAUGCUCGUCUUGGAGUCGGACAAACUGCUUCAAGGUGUUGAAGUGUGCUAUGAACUGCUGGGCCAGAUGAUGAGAUGUUAUUUAGUUUGUAUCCUGCCCAUUCCGCUGCAGGCUCUGCAUCCGCAUCUGCCAGAAUUUUAUGCCAAAUUUGUGGCUGUGCUAAUGGAGUGUUUGGUGGCCCAUGAAAGGGAUCCUAAAGUUUUAAAGCUCGUUUUGCGAUUCACGGAAAUCUUCAGCUUCCAAUUGGAAAACGGCUCAACUGCAAAAAUGCCCAAAGAUUUAGCCGAAUUUACCGAGGCUCUCAAAAUUAUACAUCGCAAGAUUUUUGAAUAAAUAACGUUGCCUUUAUGUUAAUAUACUAUACACAAAUGUUGCCAAUAUGGUAUGUGGAACAAGAGCAAUAAGCGCCGG